AUGGACGCAGAAAGAAAAAUAAACUUAUGCGAAGGAGUCCCCCUUAAUUCACCAGGUGCGGCAAAUAUUUUUUUGAAUACAACUAAAAGUAGAAAAGUUAAUGACGGAACUGUCAUACACUUGAAUACAGAGAAACCAACGGAUGUUGGCGUGCAUAUAAACACGACACUCUCUAUAGCGUCUUCCAAGAAAAUUAAGCUCUUGUUCAUAUUGAACUUCUUGCUUAGCAUUAUUUGUAUGAUAAUAAGUUGCUCCGUGGCAUUCUACUAUUGGAAUGAAAUGAUAUCGAUGAGGAAACAAAUAGAAGUAGUAAAGGAACAAAUUUUAAUUCAGAAUUUCAAAGAUGGUGUUGUUGAACAGGAUAAACCUAUACAGAGUCCACUUGUGUCACAGUUAAGACCCCAAGUAAGAGGUGUAGAGGUCCGUGAGCCCCGCUUCAACUUUGCCAAAGAAGACAUAUCCUCAAAUGCCAGGCGAUAUUAUGUGGAAGACCUAGGGGAAGACAUGUUACUUGUUGAUUCCAGUAAAAAGAAUUCCAAGCAAGAUAAAUCCCCAGUCUAUGAAAUAUCAGCCUUUCAAAAAGAACCUUUGGUUGUACAUUUCAAUGGAGCCAUGCGAGAGAAAAAUAUUGGAUCUCAAGUUAUAAUCGGACCGUGGCUACGUGAUUUGGAGGUUUCAUCUAAAGACAGCGAAAGCGCAGUAGAGCUCGUUAGUAAUUACGUUACUAUCAAGGAGAGCGGACUCUAUUUAGUUUAUGCGCAGAUCGUGUACCUAACCCACGCGCCAAAUUGUUAUUUUAUAUGGGCAAGGCAGCCAGCACAGGCACCUCGCCUGCUCACCACUUGCGCCACGGGAGACGACUCCAGCUCCAGACCGCUGGACAAGUCCCAAAUCUCUUGCGCAGCGCAAACUGUCGCCAGACUGUACAAGGGCGACACCGUUAACAUUGCCCAGAGGGAACAUAACAGAACGCUAUGGCUUCGUCCAGGUUACACCUACUUCGGCUUUAUAAAACUUAGUUCCUAA